GGUGGCUGGAGCGCCGCCCCAUUCGGCCUUGGAGAUGAUGGUUAACCCGAAAACGGCUUGGGCGCAGAAUAGAACAGCCAAAAGGCUGAAUAGAGCUUUAGAAACCAUUUGCUUGCCUUCGAAAAGCACAAUCAACAUGGUUUCUAAAGCUCUAUUCAGCCUUUUGGCUGUUCUAUUCUGCGCCCAAGCCGUUUUCGGGUUAACCAUCAUCUCCAAGGCCGAAUGGGGCGGCGCUCCAGCCACCAGCAAGACUUCUUUGGCCAAUGGCUUGGCCUACGCUGUGAUUCAUCACACCGCCGGUGCCUACUGCUCGACCAAGUCUGCUUGCAUUCAACAAAUGAAAAACAUCCAAAGCUAUCACCAGAAAACUUUGGGAUGGGCUGAUAUCGGUUACAACUUCUUGAUCGGUGGUGAUGGCAACGUCUACGAAGGUCGCGGCUGGAAUGUCAUGGGUGCCCAUGCCACCAACUGGAACUCCAAGUCCAUUGGCAUCUCCUUCAUGGGUAACUACAACAACGACAGACCCACCGCCGCUCAAAUCAGUGUUGCCAAGAGCUUGUUGGCUGCUGCCGUCUCCCGUGGCCAAAUCAAGUCUGGCUACAUUUUGUACGGUCACCGUCAAGUCGGCUCCACCGAAUGCCCCGGAACCAAUUUGUGGAAUGAGAUCAGAACCUGGCCCAACUGGAAGGCAUAAGAUAAUGAA